GUAACCUUUCUAUUUUAGACUUUUAAUGGUCUGUGGAGUUUAACAUUCAUAAUCCUAAUGACAAACAACUACCACAAAAGGGUCAUCUCGGUAAUUGUAUACAGGAAACAAAGAAUUUGCAUUUAAGAUUCCAUGCCUCUCUCUUACGCACUCUGCCCUGUCAAAGGAAAAUUGUCUUUAAACCCCACACAAGCAAUCUCUCUAAAACCCCUUUCUCUUUUUCUCUGAUUCUUUGCAUGCAGCUUAUGGAACGGAAUAAAGUUCUGUGGGAAUUGAAUUCUAUUUCAGCUUUAUUAUUUCAUUUCAAUAUCAUGACCUCAGAAACCAUUUCCCAUCUCUCCACUAAUCCACUUUUCUCAUGCAUAAUCACCCUCUAUACUCUAAUUCUCUUAUAUUUUCCUCAUCCUUUCAAAAUCUUUCUCUCCCCAGUUUUGAUCCUCACUGCACUUCUCCUUCUCUUUCUUCUCCGUCUCGGCGCGGUGCAGAGACUCCAAACUCCAGACCCAGAUAAAAAUGAUAAAAAAGAAAACACUGAAAGCAGGGAAAUUACAGAAAACAAUGUUAGUGUAGAAGAAAACUGUGGUUCAGUAGACAAAUGGGUCGAAACGGGUUUGGACCCAAAUCAAUCAAAACCAGAUUUUGAAGAGUCAUUUGUUGAAUGGAAUGUGAGGGCGCCACUGGAAAUCAUAUAUGAAGCAUAUGAAGGAGAAGGAGAUGUAGAUGAAGAUGUUAAAAAUGAGACUCGAAGUGGCAGGUUGCAAAGGUACCCAUCUUUGUCAAUGUACUACCCUGAAACGGACUCGGAUUCUUCCUCCGACGGCGAUUUUUCGGUGACCGGAGAAUGGGAUUCACCUGACAGUGUUUGCUUUAGAUGGGAAGAUGAAGAUAGAGAUGGGUUGUUGAUUGAGAUAGCUCUUGAUCGUAACAAUGACAAAAAGCAUUCGGGUCUGGACUCGGGUGUGGAUUUGGAUUUUUAUGUUGAAGAAGAUAAUUUGAUAGAGAUUGACAUAACUCCACCCAAAAUUCAAAAUGAUGCGUUUUCCGGUGAGCUGUGAUAGUUCAGUUAAUAUGGGAUUAAUUGAAGUGAUUAAUUAGGAGGAAAUUGUGUGUUUUUGGAGUCGUUUGGGUUUGGGUCUUUCUUAGUUUUUUCGGAUGUUUUGAGUUACUAUUGUAUUAUACAAUGAUUAGUUACAGUUAAAUAAUUAAAACCAAAGAUUAUUGAA